AUGGCUAGCGGUCUUAAAGCUGCCACCCGUUAUGGCGCCCAAAGUGUAAUUCAAUUGGCCGGCUCCACCUCUUCCCUGAGUCGAACACUCCAGGCUAAUGGACUCCGACGAUUUGCCCACCAGACACAAACCACUCCUCCUACCUCUCCCUUCGCUCCCCGCCACCUUCUCUCCAUUGCAGACUUGACGCCCGCGGAAUUCGCAACUCUGGUGCGCAAUGCCGCCUCGCACAAGCGGACCAUCAAGUCCGGAGCUAUCCCGCAAAGCCUCCUGGGAUCCAUGUCCGGAAAGACCGUCGCCAUGAUGUUCAACAAGCGGAGUACCCGUACCCGUGUUUCUACAGAGGCCGCUACCGUUCAAAUGGGCGGCCACCCCAUGUUCCUGGGCAAGGACGACAUUCAGCUCGGCGUGAAUGAGUCAGUAUACGAUACCUCCGUCGUCAUCUCUUCCAUGGUUUCUUGCAUUGUUGCGCGAGUUUCCAAGCACUCUGAUGUGGCCGACCUGGCCAAGCAUUCCACCGUCCCCGUGAUCAAUGCCUUGUGCGAUUCGUUCCACCCCCUGCAGAUCAUCGCCGACUUCCUCACUAUCUACGAGACCUUCACACCCAAGGCCCACGGCCUCUCCAGUCUUGGUCUGGAGGGUCUGAAGAUUGCCUGGGUUGGCGAUGCCAACAACGUCCUCUUCGAUCUGGCCAUUGGUGCUACCAAGAUGGGUGUCGACAUCGCCGUCGCUACGCCCAAGGGCUACGAAAUCCCCGCCGAGAUGCUUGAGAUUAUCCAGCGUGCCGGCGAGGGUGUCCCCACUCCUGGCAAGCUCACCCAGACCAAUAUCCCCGAGGAGGCCGUCAAGGAUGCCGAUAUUCUCGUGACCGACACCUGGGUGUCCAUGGGCCAGGAGGAAGAGGCCAAGAAGCGCAUGGCGGCCUUUGAGGGCUUCCAGAUCACGAAUGAGAUGGCCAAGCGUGGUGGUGCCAAGGAGGGCUGGAAGUUCAUGCACUGCCUUCCCCGACACCCCGAGGAGGUCCACGACGAGGUUUUCUACAGCCCGCGCUCCCUGGUGUUCCCCGAGGCUGAGAACCGCCUGUGGGCAGCUAUCUCUGCUCUAGAGGGCUUUGUUGUGAACAAGGGCAAGAUUGUGGAGUAA